AAAUUCUUAUCAAUCUCUUUUUUCUUGGCUUUAUCUUCUCUCCUGAUAGAAACUUUUUCCAGUCAAAAUUAAGAGCUUUAAAGUAAAACUUCCAAUAAUGUUUAUAAUACAUAUAUAUGCUCCUCAGAUACAAUAGUUUCACAGACUUUCUUUUCUCUCUAUCGUCUCUUCUCUCUUAGUUUGGUCUUAAAAUGGCAUCAAAAGGAAAGAAACCAAUAAGAAGAACAACUACAAGAAGAAGAAAAGGAAUCAAGAACCCAUCUCCUCCAUGUAGUAUCAGUAGUGACGUCACUUCAACGUCAUUAUCCACUUCAAUAUCGUCAACCGCUACGUCAACGUCGACGAUUCCAGCCAGUGGAUGUUGUACUCCGAUAUCUAAGAAGUCACGAAUACCGGAGAUGCUGACGUGUCCGCCGGCGCCAAAGAAGCAAAAGGUGGCGCAGAACUUUGCUUUGAGUAGGAGACAAAUCUCUUUCUUUGCUCCUCCAGAUGUAGAGCUUUUCUUUCUUUUCGCACAUGGUCAACAAAUCAAAAAAUAAGUUAAGUUUAUAGUUAGGGCUUUGUGGAUGUUCUCAUGGUAUGAUCAAUCUCAAGCUUAUGGUUUGGUUCAAAUACAAUAAUUGAAGGUAUAUUAUAUGAAGUGUAGUGUGAUGUUUUGCUUCUUUUCUUUUUGACUUGCUUUUUUCGCUCUCUCUUUGGUAUUUUCUAGGUUCUGAUAAUUUUGAAUUUGUGGCAGGUUCUGAUAAUUAAUCGAACACCCUAUCUAUUUUUAAUUAGUUAUUUUGUAACUUUCAAAUUAUGUUUGCUGUAAUGGAAUGAUGCUUGCUAACAUGUCGGGAUUGUUAGCUUUGCAGUUUUGUUUGUAUUUUGGUUUGAGUUAAUGACGA